CCCACACCGUGAUAGCGUGGACUAGAGAGAACAGGAUUCUAGGCCAACAUCUUCAAUAUUCUAUUCAUAGAUUGUUUGUGUUGUAAAAUAUUAAAAUCAUCCAGCAAAUAGUGGCACAGGAGAGGAAAUGCUGGGAAGUCAAUUGCGGAGUAGGAAACCCAGAAUUCUAUGCCUCCAUGGAUUCAGAACAAGCGGUGAAAUCCUGAAGAAAAUGAUGGGAAAAUGGCCUGAUGCCGUGCUCGAAAAGUUUGAUUUUGAUUUUCCUGACGCCCUAUUUCCUGCCAAGGGAAAAUCUGAUAUUGAAGGCCUUUAUGAUCCUCCCUAUUAUGAAUGGUAUCAAGUCAACAAGGUGGAGUGUUUCAAUUUUGAGGAGUGUAUUGCAUAUAUAGAAGAUUAUAUGAUUAAGCAUGGUCCCUUUGAUGGUCUACUGGGUUUUUCCCAGGUAAAAUAA